AUGCGCAGUUCCCGGGAGCCCCUUCCCUAUGCGCACCUGGGCGGGCGAGGGUGGCAGGGCGGCCUGUGUGCUGCCGUUCAGCCACGUGUCCGUCUAUCCAUCCCAGGGCCAUGUGGCCAGCGGAGCAUCCACUUGCGCGUGGUGGGUGGAACAGACACAGAGCUGGGGCGCUGGCCGUGGCAGGGCAGCCUGCGGGUAUGGGGCUCCCACCACUGCGGAGCGAGCUUGCUCAACCGCCGCUGGGUGCUGUCGGCCGCGCAAUGCUUCCAAAAGGAUCCCUCAAAGUGAACAGUUCAGUUUGGUGAGCUGUCCGCCUGGCCAUCCAUGUGGAACCUGCAGGCUUACUACAACUGCUCCCAGGUGGAGAUCGUGUUGAGCCCCAUAUAUGGGGGCUUCAGCCUAGACAUCCCCCUGGUGAGGCUGUCCUCCUCCGUCACCUACAGUCCAUACAUCCAGCCCAUCUGUGUCCUGGCCUCCUCCUCUAAGUUCCAGAACUGGACCGACUGCUGGGUGACUGGCUGGGGAGACAUCCAAGAAGAACAGGCGCUGCCUUCUCCCUACAUCCUCCAGGAAGCGCAGGUCGGCAUCAUAAACACCACCAUGUGUAACUACCUCUACACGCAGCCCGCCUUCCCCUAUGACAUCUGGGGGGACAUGGUCUGUGCUGGUGAUACCGAGGGCUUCAAGGAUGCCUGCUUUGGCGACUCGGGCGGACCCCUGGUCUGGGAGAGGAACGGGCCGCGGAAUCAGGUUGGAAUCGUGAGCUGGGGAGUGGGCUGCAGCAGGCCCAGCCGGCCCGGGCUCCACACCAACAUCAGCAGACACUUCAGCUGGAUCCGGACGCUGCUGGCGCGCAGCGGCCUUCCCAGGCCAGGGCCCUGCCCACUGCUGCGGCUCGCCCUGCUCUGUGCCCCCCAGUCCUGCAGCUGGCCAGAGCCCCACAGGGCCCCAGAGCAUUGGCCCAGUGCCCCUCUGCCCUGUUUCGACUAA